AUGCCAAAUAUUACCAAGGAAGGUGACAACAACACUACAGAUAAUAGCCGUAGUAACGGCAAUAGCAAUAGCAAUAGCAAUUGCAAUACCAGUAGCCCUAGCGCCUCGCCAAAAAGAAAUUCACAGCACCGAUCAGAUCAUAAUGCUUCGAUCUCGUACUUGCAUGAUAAACUAGUACAACUGUCCAUCACUAUCCAAGAUAGUCUUACAACUUUGCUGCAAGAGGUAUCCCUAUUAAGACAGCAGGUUGACUUUCAGAAUGUGAAGUUGGAAAAAAUCAUGUCGUUGUUAAUGGAAGUUGUUGAGGAACGUAGAGAGGAAACAGCUCAAAAAGUUCAUGUCGCAAACGAAGAAAGACAUUUCCCUGGACCCACACCUGGUUUCACACCUAAAACUAUACUGGGGUCUAUUCAUGAACGUAUACGUGGUCAUAUACAUGGGCCUUUACCUGUUUCAACCAUGGGCCAAGAUACUGGUCAUGAGUUUUCACAGAAUUCUAUACUCACAACUGUAGCACCCAAACCACCACCAGCAGCAGCAGCAACAACAACAACAGCACCAGCACCAAAUGAUACGCAGAUGGUGAGAACUUUACACAAUGGCGUAAAUGUACGAAACGUUGAACACAAUGGUGAAAUGGAAGCACCCGUAACGCCAGGAGUAGGGAUUCAUCUGAAUAUUCACAAACAUCGACACCACACUCAGCCUCAAUUUUUAACGAGCCAACCUCGAUCUCUUUUGCAGCUUCAAAAUAAUUCUUCCUCAGUACUUAAUAAUAAUAUAGAGAUGAAUCCCCGAAUUCAGCACGCAGAUGCUAUAAAUGGGUCUCAUAUCUUAAAAGCGUCUAAAAGGAAUGGAGAUGAAGGAAAUUUUCAUUCAAACGUGUUCCACAAGAAUCAUAGUCGAGGAAUAGCAUCUGCUGCAAAUGGCACGACUUUACAAGAUCGACUGCUGGAGAAUAAUCGACACAAGAGACCGAAGAUUGUAGCUGGAGUUAAAGCUGGAAUGCAUACUGGAGAUGACGCGGCAGUUGAAGUUGAAAUGGAUACAGAACUUGGUGCUGGAAUGAAAGACCAAGAAAUAUCUGAUGACAGCGUAUCUAGCCACCAAGUAGCCCACUCUCAUGACGAGUCAUGUAGGAACGAAAAUAUGGGGGUCAAGAAAGGUGCAACAGUAGACCGUAAGAUCAAAAUUGAAUUUUUGCAUAUUCCCUCGACAGUGCAGGAGAUAUACGACGAAUUCUACAAAGGAUACAAUGGUCAAGAACCGCUCUGUGAAUUGGACAAUAAGUAUGGAAAACUUAACUGGAGAGGCGAUUCCAAGACAAAAGAUAGUAAGCGAUAUCAGAGAAGAAAGAGGCUAUGCGAUACAAUCAAGAAGUAUGCAAAAAGUCUUGGAAAGACUGAUUUAGAGGUCAUUGCCAUUUUGGAGGAGUUUAGAAUGGAAAAGUCCUUGACAUGGAUAAUGAAUGGACACUUACCGCCACAACUCGAAAGCAAUUCUUUACAGGCACCUUCUUCCUAUUGA